AUGUCUGCUCUCAGCGACAGCGCCAUUGCAUCAACAGACAACAUCCCAGUUGCGCCUGAAAACGAUUACUACACCAUCCGCGCGCUCCCCGGCAAAGGCUACGGUUGCAUGGCCCUCUGCCAAAUCUCACGCGGCACCCGGAUUCUGACUGACACCCCCCUACUCAUCGUCCCCAUGGCCAACUACAUGAAGGCUGACAUCGAAGCCGUCUUCUCCUCGCUCACCGAGGAACGGAAAAAUGCAUACUUCACUCUCCACAGCGGCCACGGCCAACUUCUCUCAAACUGGCCGAGCAAAAUCCACUUUAGUGUCACCGGCAGGGAAAGACAGAGGAUCGAGGAGCAGCAUGCUGCGCGAACAGGCAGCGAAGCAACAUUGAUUUCCAUCUUUCAGACAAACUGCAUGGAGAUGGGCACUGGCGCUGCAGUCUUCCUUCACACCUCACGCUUCAACCAUAGUUGUAACCCCAACGCUUGCUUCAGCUGGAACGCCAGUAUAGGCAAGGAGACUAUCCACACCAUGCGCGAUAUCAAGGCCGGCGAGGAGAUCACCAUCAGCUACGUGGAUAUGGAGCACGACAAGCGACUCCGUGCGUGGGAGCUCAAGCACUAUGGCUUCGUGUGCGAUUGCCCUGCUUGUGGGGACGAAGGGGACGAGACGAGCAUCGCGUACAAGAGCGCGGAGAACAGGCUGCAAAUCCAGGAACUCGACCGGGAGACUCGUUUGCUGCGAGGCUUCAGACUCACGGAGGGAUCGAAACAGCCUGACUUUGCAAACAAGUUACUGAAGACGGCCGUCUUGCUGCAGAAGGAGGGGUGCUGGGACGCCCGGCUCGCUGGCGUGUUCCUCGAUAUUGCGCUGGUGUGUGAGUACAAUGGCGACUUCGGGAUGGGCGUCGUGGCUGGGGGAAAGGCGGUGCAGAUCAAGAAGGACUGUCAGGGUAUUGACUUCCCGGACUUCAAGAAGUAUGCUGAGGCUGUCGAGAGGAUCAAGGCUAGUAGGAGACGGGAGAUGGGUGAGGCGAACGGAUGGCAGGCCUAG